UUACUUCCAUUGUACGAUUUCAACAAAGAGAAGAUGAAUUGUAUCUGCACCAAAAAAGAAGGGGUGAUUUUUAGGCCACAAGUGACUUGUUAACUAAUUUUAACAAAUUUGUUGGGUUUUCAUUUACCUGAAAGAAAGUUGACCAGGAAUCCAGUAUAUUUUUGUGUUUUGAAUUGUAAUGAGGAGAAAGUGUCACGUGGUAGAGAUAUCAUGUGAUUAGCAUUGCGUAUCAUUUUUUGUUUAAAGAUAAUAACUUGCGGAGGGAUAUUGGGGGAUGAAGCAUAAAGCACAUGAUCAUACUGCUGCUUAGACCGCACUAAAAGUGAACAUAGAAUUCAUCAAACAACAACGUUAUUCAAAUAUGCCACUUUGGUUCUGGAAUACUACUCAAUCAAAGAUAUAUUGUGCCAAGAGAAAACCAAGCGAUAGUAUGAGGAUUAUUGUGAUCUUUUUCGUUGGAACUGCUCUAGGCUUAAUUGUUGGAGUAUCAUUGCCAACACUGUCAAUAACAAAGUUCAAUCUUCCAUCCAUUAAUCUCUCGUGUAUUCAGCAAAAAUUUACAGAAACCAUAUCAUCACAAGACAAGUUACUAAAUGAUCCAUCCAAGAUUUGGGUUCCAACAAAUCCAAGAGGUGCAGAAAGAUUAGCUCCUGGGAUUGUCAAAGCAGAAUCGGAUUUCUUUCUGCGCAAAUUAUGGGGUCUUCCCAGUGAGGAUUUCACCUCAAAGCCUAAAUACCUUGUGACCUUCACUGUUGGGUAUGAGCAGAGAAUGAAUAUUGAUGCAGCAGUGAAAAAGCUUUCAGAGAACUUCACAAUUGUUCUAUUCCAUUAUGAUGGCCGAACAACUGAAUGGGAUGAGUUUGAAUGGUCCAAACGGGCCAUUCAUAUCAGUGUUCACAAACAAACCAAAUGGUGGUAUGCGAAGCGAUUUCUGCAUCCAGAUAUUGUGGCACCAUAUGAGUAUAUUUUCAUGUGGGAUGAAGACUUAGGUGUUGAACAUUUUAAUGCAGAGGAAUACAUAAAACUUGUGAGAAAGCAUAAGUUGGAGAUUUCACAGCCUGGUUUGGAACAAAGUAAAGGAGCGCCAUGUUGGAAUAUGACAAAGAGAAGAGAAGGUCAUGAAGUUCACAAAGAAGCUCAGGAGAAACCAGGAAAGUGCAAGUACCCUCUUUUGCCUCCUUGUGCAGCAUUUGUAGAGAUCAUGGCUCCAGUGUUUUCGCGAGCUGCAUGGCGCUGUGUGUGGCAUAUGAUUCAGAAUGAAUUUGUGCAUGGCUGGGGUCUUGAUUUUGCUUUUAGAAAAUGUGUUGAGCCUGCACAUGAGAAGAUUGGAGUUGUUGAUGCUCAGUGGAUUGUUCACCAAGGUGUUCCCUCAUUAGGGAAUCAGGGAGAAGCACAAGCUGGGAAAACUGCAUGGCGAGCGGUGAAGGAAAGGUGUGGAAUGGAAUGGAGGAUGUUCCAGGGCCGGUUGACAAAUGCAGAGAGGUCAUAUUACAAAUCCAAGGGAAUUAAUUAUACCCAUUUGCUCGUUCAUAAUUAGGGGGAUCGGAUCAACAAUUUUUACAUUUAAUUGUUAUUCUUUCAUACAUACAUCAUUGUGUAGUUGAAACUUGAGAUUACAUUACAAUCUACAACAACAUAUUUGGACAGCAGAGUCAAUAAGAGCCACUCUGUUAGUUCUGAUAUGCCUAAUCUACAUGAGAGGUUUCUCAAAUAAAAAGAAUAAUGAUAUAAUGCACAGUUUCUAUUUGAUUAGAUAAGAUUUUUAAGUUA